AGCCCGCCGUCUCCGAGCCUGUGGGUUCCCGCGCGUCCCUAAAGAACUCGAGGAGCCCUCGCACGCCCGCUACCUUGCAGCAUGGCCGUCAAGAAGAUCGCGAUCUUCGGCGCCACCGGCAACACCGGGCUCACCACCCUGGCGCAGGCGGUGCAAGCAGGUUAUGAAGUCACAGUGCUGGUGCGUGACUCCUCCAGACUUCCCAAGGAUGGGCCCAAGCCGGCCCACGUGGUGGUGGGUGACGUCCUGCAGGCUGCCGACGUGGACAAGACCGUGGCCGGGCAGGAUGCUGUCAUCGUGCUGCUGGGCACCCGCAACGACCUCAGUCCCACUACCAUGAUGUCCGAGGGCACCCGGAACAUUGUGGCAGCCAUGAAGGCCCACGGCGUGGACAAGGUCGUGGCCUGCACAUCGGCCUUCCUGCUGUGGGAUCCAGCCAAGGUGCCUGCCAGACUGCAGGACGUGACAGAUGACCACAGCCGGAUGCACAAGGUGCUGCAGGAGUCUGGCCUCAAGUACGUGGCUGUGAUGCCACCACACAUAGGCGAUCAGCCUCUCACAGGGGCCUAUUCGGUGACCGUGGACGGACGAGGGCCCUCGAGGGUCAUCUCCAAACACGACCUGGGCCACUUCCUGCUGCGCUGCCUCACCACGGAUGAGUACGAUGGGCACACUGCUUACCCCUCCCACCAGUACGACUAGGACUCCAGGAGGGUUGCAUGCUGGGAAAUGAGGCACCCAGGACCGGAGCAAUAAACCUUGAGCCAACAGCAUGA